AUGGCCAGCGCCGCCCCACAGGAUGCUGUCGAUGUCAUUACUCAUAUCACUGAUGAACCUGUGCAAUCCUAUGGACCGUCAGCACCCCCUGAGUCUGGGUCUGGCGCUUGUCUGCCUUCAGUCACUCCUGCACCUGGAGACCCUCAGCUGAUCACUGAUACUGAUAUUGAAGACAGUGGUUACGACACUCCAAUCAAACACGGCUCAUCUACCAUGGUUCCAUUCUCUACCAACGCGCGUUAUCGUAUCAAUACAAUCAAUGGCCUUGGGAAAGAGGUGUUACCCUUUGCAGUGGGUCCAAUGCCCGUUCAGCAAUUUUUGGACGAAUUCUUUCCAAGCAGCCAAUUACUGGAUCAUGGAUAUACUCCUCUCACUAACCAGCCAUUAGAAUGUUUCGAGCAAACCAUUCAGUGCACUAGUGAGGUUCCAGCAUACUGUAAAUUUGUGCACGCCAUGAGCGCAUUCAACUUCGACUUAUCCUUCGUCGAUGUCUCUUCCAAGGGGGAUAUAUACAACUGCAAAUCAAUAAAAUAUGACAUCAAGCCCGAUGUUUGCAUAUACCCGUUGAACAUCAAGACCCCCGACAGGUGUGAUGUGACGAAAGCUGAGAUGAUGGUAGAGUUCAAAUGGAACAAGGGUGAUGACCCAUUCUCUACAUUGUCCAGUGCUUCCUUGUUUAUUAUGUCUUCUCAACAAGCAAGAGACACGAUGGGCCAAAUCACCGCAUACGCCUCUGCUCAGCUAGGUGCUCAGUGGCGCACUCACGCUUACCAGAUCCUCAUCAUCAAGAACUAUGCUCGCCUGAUAAGGUGGGAUCACGAGGGAUUCAUUGUCACUGAGCCUAUUUCUAUCGAGAGUCUCCUGCCCUUAUCAAUUUCUUCCGACGCUACAAUGUUGCACCUCAUGCAAUGCAUGGCCAUGACGAAACCAUUUCCCGUGUUACAUCACAUGCAGACGGCUCACUCAGACUUAACAUACUUAGUCCCUGCUCUGGUUGCAACAGGACUCUCCCCCAUAGGGCACAAUACACGUGGAUUCUCUGCGUACAAUACCAAGGGAGAUCGUGUUGUGUUCUUGAAGGACACAUGGUGUGUCCUUUUGCUGGACAUCAUUCCAGAAGGGGAUGUAUACAAGUGUCUGAAUGAGAAGCACGUUCGACAUGUUGCAACAUGCCUAGCCUUUGGUGAUGUUUUGGGUGGCUCGAAUGCACAUACCACCCAAACCGGUCACUUUAAGGAUGCGCCAUGGGCCCGUCCUACAGGAGCUAUUCUUAUAGCUCAUGUUCACUAUCGCCUCGUUCUUAAUAUUGUCGCUACCCCAAUCACAUCCUUCAUCAGUUCUCGCCAAGUUGUUGAAGUAGUGCGAGAUGCUUUAAUAGCUCAUCAGGAUGCAUAUGAGGAUUGCGACAUCUUACAUUGUGACCUCAGUGUAGGUAAUAUCAUGGUGCGUGAGAAUGAAGGUAUUCUCAUAGACUGGGAUCUCGCUAAAUUGACUCAGGACUCGGGGCCAAGACAAAUUACUAGAACUGGGACAUGGCAGUUCAUGUCUGCUCGCCUUGUUGCCGACAUGAACACACCUCACAACUUCCAGGACGACAUGGAUGAUGCUCAGCGAUCGCACUUCUUACACACAACCCUGGACCCUGAGCAAGUUCAGGGUUCGGGGGGUUCCGGGAAGGCAAACUUCCUGCAAUUGAAGUCUUCUAUUACAUCAACAACCCCUCUUUUCAAGGGUCGCCCGGCUCUUGAUGCCCUCAUGCAGCAAUUGCAGAAGAUGUUCUCAGCAAGAUACAUCCCCUCAAUGAAAGAAGCAGAGGAAAAUGUCUAG